AUGCGCUCUGUCCCCGCUGCCCCGCUGCUUCAGCUGCUGUUCCUGCUGGGGCCGCGGCUGCAGGCUGCAGACGUCGCGGAGCCGCCACUGCCCGCGGUGGUCCUGACCAUCCUGGCCCGCAAUGCUGAGCACUCACUGCCUCACUACCUGGGCGCGCUGGAGCGGCUGGAGUACCCCCGGGCCAGGCUGGCCCUCUGGUGCGCCACAGACCACAAUGUGGACAAUACCACGGAGAUGCUACAGGAAUGGCUAGCAGCUGUGGGUGAUGACUAUGCAGCUGUGGUCUGGAGGCCUGAGGGGGAGCCCAGGUCCUACCCAGACGAAGAGGGUCCCAAGCAUUGGACCAAAGAAAGGCACCAAUUUCUGAUGGAGCUGAAGCAGGAAGCCCUCACCUUUGCCAGGGGCUGGGGGGCUGACUAUAUCUUGUUUGCAGACACAGACAACAUUCUGACCAACAAUCAGACACUGCGACUUCUGGUGGAUCAGGGACUGCCAGUGGUGGCCCCAAUGCUGGACUCCCAGACCUACUACUCCAACUUCUGGUGUGGGAUCACCCCUCAGGGCUACUACCGCCGCACAGCCGAGUACUUCCCUACCAAGAAUCGCCAGCGCCGGGGCUGCUUCAGUGUGCCCAUGGUCCACUCCACCUUCUUGGUAUCCCUGCGGGCCGAAGGGGCAGCCCAGCUCGCCUUCUACCCUCCUCAUCCCAACUACACUUGGCCCUUCGACGAUAUCAUCGUUUUCGCCUAUGCCUGCCAGGCUGCUGGGGUCUCAGUCCACGUGUGCAAUGAUCAGCGUUAUGGGUACAUGAAUGUUCCUGUGAAAGCCCACCAGGGAUUGGAAGACGAGAGGGUCAACUUCAUCCACCUAAUCUUGGAAGCACUAGUGGACGGGCCCCCCAUGCAAGCCUCGGCUCAUGUGUUUCGGCCCCCAAAGAGGCCCAGCAAGAUGGGAUUUGAUGAGGUCUUUGUCAUCAGCCUGGCCCGCAGGCCCGACCGCCGUGAGCGCAUGCUGAGCUCGCUCUGGGAGAUGGAGAUCUCUGGGCAAGUGGUGGAUGCUGUGGAUGGCCGGACACUCAACAGCAGUGUCAUCAGGAGCCUUGGUGUGGACCUGCUCCCCGGCUACCAGGACCCCCACUCAGGCCGCACGCUGACCAAGGGCGAGGUGGGCUGCUUCCUCAGCCACUACUCCAUCUGGGAGGAGGUGGCUGCCAGGGGCCUGGCCCGGGUGCUGGUGUUUGAGGAUGAUGUGCGCUUUGAGAGCAACUUCAAGGGACGGCUGGAGAGACUGAUGGAGGAUGUGGAUGCAGAGAAACUGCCCUGGGACCUGAUCUACCUUGGCCGGAAGCAGGUGAAUCCUGAGGAGGAGGCAGCUGUGGAGGGGCUGCCAGGACUGGUGGUGGCUGGGUAUUCCUACUGGACACUGGCAUAUGCCCUGAGCCUGGCGGGUGCCCGCAAGCUGUUGGCCUCCCAGCCUCUGCAUCGCAUGCUGCCCGUGGAUGAGUUCCUGCCCAUCAUGUUUGACCAGCACCCCAAUGAGCAGUACAAGGCACACUUCUGGCCCAGGGACCUGCGUGCCUACUCAGCCCGGCCUCUACUUGCUGCCCCCACCCACUACGCAGGGGAUGCUGGGUGGCUCAGUGACACAGAGACAUCCUCCCCCUGGGAUGACGAUAGCGGCCGCCUCUUCAGCUGGAGUGGCUCUCAAAAGACCCUGCGUGGGCCCCGUCUGGACCUGGCUGGCAGCAGUGGGCACAGUCUUCACCCCCGGGAUGAGCUCUAGGUUCAGAUGAUGACUCCAGAGAAGCUCCCAGGAGCAGGCCACAGCUCCCGGGGAGCAGAGGAAGAAGUUGCUGGCAGGAGCCACAGAACUAAGAGACCUAGCUGCCACCUUAGGUGUGGCCACUCUGCUCUCUCAACACGUCUUGUAGGGGGAAACCACUCAGACAUCCCCUUCCCUAAGGUCACACAGUAAAAGGGUAGGACUUGCAGGCCCCCAUCCCCCAACCCUGCCCCGGCCGAUUCAGGACCUGGGGAAGGAUGUGGCUCUUGAGCCUUCCUUGUCAAGAUGGCCAGACAUCAGGAGUCCUCCCCAGAACUCAGCCACUGGAGCCUCAGCCUAGUCCCCAGCUCGCCUUUGGGUCUCUCCAGCGCCCUCUCCCCUAGCCAGUGGGAAGUGCAGGGAGCAGACCUGGUGCCCAGCACAGCAAUAAAAGCCACCUGGUACUUGCUCUU